GAGCUGGGAUAGGCUGGGAGUUUGGUUGGAGCCGCCAGCGGGUCGAGAUCAGGCAGCACAAGGAAGGUGAAAAGGAAAGAAAGAAAGAAAGAAAGAAAAAAAACUUGUGGCUUGAAUGUCGGGCAGCCGAUCUGACGCAAGAAGUUUCGCGUAGAAAACGGGAUUUGUUGAGAUCCGAGCGGAUGACAAAGGAGCGCUGCAAACUUUUUCUCAGCCGGCUGUGAUCGCGAGUGAAAGCCGUUCAGGAUUUCUGCCUCUUUUUAUUUUUUUUGUUUUAUUUUUUUUUUCUAAACGAAGCCGUAGAGAAGAGAGAGGAGGACAUCAUGCCACGGCGCACCGUGCAAGAAGUAACCGUGCAAGAUGUCCAGAAGCGAAGGAAUCCCAACAAACACUACGUUUACAUCAUCAAAGUGUCCUGGAGCGAUGGCAGCACGGAAAUUAUUUAUAGACGCUACAGCAAGUUCUUCGAUUUGCAGAUGGAGUUGCUGGAUAAAUUUCCAGUGGAGGGAGGCCAGAAAGACCCAAAGCGCAGGAUUAUUCCAUUUCUACCAGGGAAGAUCCUGUUCAGGAGGAGCCACAUCCGGGAUGUGGCAAUGAAACGAUUACGGCCCAUAAACGAAUACUGCAGGGCUCUCAUUCAGCUGCCUGUUUACAUCUCCCAGUGCGAAGAAGUCCGGGUCUUCUUUGAAACCAGACCUGAAGACCUCAACCCGCCAAAAGAUGAACCUAUCGGGAAGAAGAAGUCAGGGUUUGUGGAGAGAGCGACCACUUUCCUAAAGCGAGGAGAUUCCAGCGCGGCAGACCCUCUCCUCCUCGACCAGUAUGUGGCAGUGACCGACUAUGAGAAGCAGGAGAGCUCCGAGAUCAGUCUGCACGUGGGUCAGGUGGUGGAAGUCAUUGAGAAAAAUGAAUCUGGUUGGUGGUUUGUGAGCUCAGAGGACGCCCAGGGCUGGGUCCCUGCCACAUGUCUGGAGGCUCAGGAUGAUCCCGAUGAUUUCACCAUUCCAGGAGAAGAAGUCCCUCGGAGAUUCUGGUCACUGCCAAGGCACGUGGGUCGUCGCAGAACUUUAGGGGAUCUAUUCAGCACAGGCUUUGGGCAAGAAGAGAAGUACUCUGUGAUCUAUCCGUACUCCGCCAGGGACCAGGAUGAGAUCGACCUGGAGAGGGGAAUGAUUGUUGAAGUCAUUCAGAAGAAUUUGGAGGGCUGGUGGAAAAUCAGGUACCAGGGCCGUGAGGGUUGGGCCCCGGCGUCGUACCUGAAGAAGGCCGACAUUCAGAGCCAGAAGCAGUCAGCGGGAUCUGCUGCCCACGCCAGCACAAACGACCUCGAUGGGGUUUCCAAACAAAACCAAAAAGACAAUCGAGACAACCAGAAAGAAAACAGGCUCUCAUUUUUCUCUGAGAACAAAAUUAAAGUGGGAUUAAGACAUAGACCUCCUCCACGCAGAGAUCUUACCAUUCCACGUGGUACAAACUUGCCCAAGCCGCCGGUUCCCCCACAGGUUGAGGAAGAAUUUUAUACCAUAGCUGACUUCCAGACCACCAUUCCCGACGGCAUUAGCUUCCAAGCUGGAAUCAAAGUCGAGGUGAUUGAGAAGAAUGCGAGCGGCUGGUGGUACAUCCAGAUUGAUGACAAGGAGGGCUGGGCGCCGGCCACCUUUAUUGACAAAUACAAGAAAACCAGCAAUGCCCUGCGACCCAAUUUCCUUGCUCCACUGCCCAAUGAAAUGGAGAAGCUGAGGCUGGAAGACGGCGGCUCUUCCAACGCUUCGGGCACAGAUGACAGCUGGUCCAAGCCCUUACCGGAUGAGCCGAGCGCAGCUGCCGAGUCCUGCGCCCGGCCUAAGUUAAGAGAUUGGAAGACAAGUGCGAGCAAGGGAGUGUCUGCCUUCUCUGGACCGUUGCCCCCAGCACCAGUUGCCCCCCCAGUUGAAGAGAAACCAGCUCUGCCGCCUCGACGGGAAUCAAUCAACAAGAGCUUUGAAUUGGAGGUGGCGGAAAAACCGAGAUCUGAUAAUUCCAAGCCUAUGCCCCCCAAACCCCCAGCUCCUGGGGUCAUCGUGCCUCUCGUUGCACCCAAGGCAGCGCCGUUCAAACCAGACAAAUCAGUCGAAGCCAAGAAGGAAGACAAGAGCAAAGCUCUUCACCUUCGGAAUGAGAUGGGUCUUGAAUGUGGCCACAAAGUCUCUGCUAAAGAGGUGAAGAAGUUCAAUUUGAAACCUGUGCCUAAGCAGCCCCCAAAACCCAAGUCAGAGGUGCCAGAGGAAAAGCCGGAGGCGCCCGGCCCGGCAGUGCUCACCAAGCCGAAGCCCAUGAUCAGACCGAAGCCUGCUCCGGCUGCCAAGCCGGAUCUCGCAGCAGAAAACAAACUAGACAUUACCAACCUGAGAAGCAAGCUGAGGCCGUCCAAACCGCAAGAUUUUGGCUCUUCGUCAGCAGAGGUCAACCAUCAGAGUGACGCAACAGUCCGAAGUUCACCCCCAAGUUCUCCUCCGAUUCACAUCCCCACACUCAAUAACGGUGAGCCAAAGCUUCCCCCGAAACACAUGAACGGCCACAGUCACGACAGCUCAUCCCCCCCUGCAAAGCCAGCAGUGCCCCCUCAUAAGGAACCCCCCCAGAGACCUCCUGCCAUGGCUCCAAGGAGACCACCUCCUCCAAAGAAGGCCGACUCAUCAAGCCCGACCGAACUGAAACCUCCGCCCUUUCUAAAAGAAACCCAGGACACGGCCAAGGCUGGACCGCCGCCACUCAGCAGACCCCCUCCCCCAAAACCCAAAGGGUUAUUCCAGGCACCGCCAAACAAAGAAAAGGAAGAGUCCAAGGUCAAUAAAGUCCCAAUUCCUCCCAAACCCCAGCUGAAGAAUGACAAGCCUGGCCCACCCAGGGACAAGCUUCCACCUUUACUGAAGGAGCCGAGUAGGGACGAGCUGUAUCUGGCCGUGGCGGACUUUGAGGGGGACGAACAAACAUCCAGCUUCAAGAUAGGUACAGCGUUUGAAGUGCUGGAAAAAAACAGCAGCGGCUGGUGGUUCUGUAAAAAUGUGGCGGAAGAAGUCGAAGGCUGGAUUCCUUCGAAUUACCUGAGCAAGAAGAAACCCUAGGUGGUGAAUAUGCUCACCAGUAUAAUCAAAAUAAAAAUAAGUCAACAUGAAUAUUACCAGUUUCUGGCUACUUAACAUUUUUUUUAUUUAUAGGUACCUUUUUUAUUGUGCUUUUUUUUUUUUUUUUUAUGUUUGAUUUUGUUGAAACGAUAUAUUCUACCUACCAGCUGAACCAGCAAUAACACAUGGCCUCGUCGGGUUAUGUCAUGUUUACUUUAUUGUGCUUUUCAUGUUGAUGUUAUACGAAAUCUUCGAUAAAAACCUGAAUUGUCUUCGUUGCCACAUGCUUGUUACAGCCGAGGGCAGUCUUGCCACUACUCGGGCAACACACUAUUACUGCAGCAAACGUAUGCGCCCUUGCCUUUCAUGAUACGGUGCCUCAGUGUUAUACGCAAAGUGCUUCGGUGUACGCAACUGUAGAAAGACUGUGGGGAAACCUCGAAAUCAUUUGUCUAAUAUCUGCACCAGAAGAGUAGAUGUUCAUAACACACACAAAAAAACAAAACAAAAAAAAAAAAAAAUCCCAAGUUGCUUUGAG